UUUUCGAAAUUUAUUCGGCUUUAACUACAAACAAUUCAUCUCCAGCGUGCUUCAGCUUGGCAGCCUGGCCUCCACAAUUCAUAAUGGUUCAGGAACAGGUUUCCGACACGUGUCCCAUCCUCGCCGUUAUCCUGUCCAUAAUCUGCUGAGCCAGCUUGACUCUUAUCUGGAGCAGCAUCCGGAUUGCGCCGGUACAUCCCCCCUGGACACAUCUCCUGCAAAUAACGGGGACGUCGCCGAGAUAACGACACUGUACACUUAAAUCCUCUGCCUCGUCUCGCAUCACCCCUGCGAGCAGACCUCCGCCUCGCUUUCUGGCUUUAUAUAAUUUGUUGCUGUAGCUCUCUGCUUCUUAUACCAUCACGAAGAGAUUUGAAGAUCGAGAGAGAGAGACACACACAGAGAGACAUGGCAACAGAUGUGGUGGUGUUAGAUCGUGCGGAGGUUAGCCCAGGAUUGGACCAUGGGUGCUGCAAUGUGGGACCUGGUUAUGCCACCCCACUCCAGGCCAUGGCUGGUCCCAGAGAAGCUCUCAUCUAUGUCACCUGCGUUUACUCUGGAACGGGAAGGGAUAAGCCUGACUACCUGGCUACGGUGGAUGUAGAUCCAAGCUCACCUACUUACUCAAAAGUAAUCCACAGACUACCCAUGCCAUAUUUAGGUGAUGAACUCCAUCAUUCUGGUUGGAACUCCUGCAGCUCUUGCCAUGGAGAUCCAUCAGCACAACGUCGUUUUCUUGUGCUGCCUUCAUUGAUAUCUGGCCGCAUUUAUGUUAUUGACACACAAAAGGAUCCCAGGGCUCCCUCCUUGCAUAAGGUUGUUGAGCCAGCAGAUAUUAUCCAGAGGACUGGAUUAGCAUAUCCGCACACAGCCCAUUGCCUUGCUUCUGGUGAUAUAAUGGUAUCAUGCCUUGGAGACAAAGAUGGAAAUAAUGAUGGAAAUGGAUUUCUUCUCCUAGACUCAGAAUUCAAUGUGAAAGGAAGGUGGGAAAAACCAGGCCACAGUCCGCAAUUUGGGUACGAUUUCUGGUACCAACCUCGACACAAGACCAUGAUCAGUUCAUCAUGGGGUGCUCCUGCAGCCUUUACUAAAGGAUUUAACCUUCAGCAUGUAUCAGAUGGUCUAUAUGGGAGGCACCUCUAUGUUUACAGCUGGCCAAAUGGUGAACUGAAGCAAACCUUGGAUCUUGGUAAUACUGGGCUGAUACCUUUAGAGAUUAGGUUCCUCCAUGAUCCUUCAAGAGAUACAGGGUAUGUUGGGUGUGCUUUAACCAGUAACAUGGUGCGAUUUUUCAAAACCCCUGACGAGUCAUGGAGCCACGAGGUUGCAAUUUCUGUGAAGCCAUUGAAGGUGCAAAACUGGAUUCUCCCUGAAAUGCCGGGUCUCAUUACUGAUUUUCUGAUUUCUCUGGAUGAUCGAUAUCUUUACUUUGUAAACUGGCUUCAUGGGGAUGUCAGACAGUAUAACAUUGAGGACCCAAAAAAUCCUGUCUUGGCUGGGCAAGUAUGGGUUGGGGGCCUGCUGCAAAAUGGAAGCCCUAUAGUGGCUGAGGCCGAAGAUGGGAAAACGUACCAGGUUGACGUUCCACAGAUCCAGGGAAAUCAAUUGAGAGGGGGACCUCAGAUGAUCCAGUUGAGUUUGGAUGGGAAGCGGCUCUAUGUUACCAACUCACUCUUCAGUGCAUGGGAUCGUCAGUUUUAUCCUCAACUCCUGGAUAAGGGAUCUCACAUAUUACAGAUAGAUGUCGACACAGAGAGAGGAGGCCUUGCAAUAAACCCCAAGUUUUUUGUCGACUUUGGAGCCGAACCUGAUGGCCCUUCCCUAGCCCAUGAGAUGAGAUAUCCUGGAGGUGACUGCACUUCUGAUAUAUGGGUUUAAGCAUGACCAUCUGUCCCUAAAUAAAGGCUGCAUCAUUUCUUAAUGUAUUGCUUGGAAAGACUGCUCUGUAUGUGCAAAGAUUGCAUAUCGGGUAGGAUAGUUUUCAGUUGUAUAUUUUUGGAAAAUAAAUUGCUGUUAAUCUUCAAGCACUUUGGAAUGCCAGUAUCAAGAUACCCAGGAAUAUUUCUUCCAAAA